AUAAAUUUUAACAUAAGAAACUGUUAUAAAAAAAAGCGACAAUGUUUUCUGGUAAAAAAUAUUCCGUUUUAACCAUAAUUUUAACGGUGGCGUGGACAGUACUCGGCGCCGCAUUAAGUAAAGUCGUUUUAUAUCAAGCGCCGGAUGAAUGUCGUUGGGCCGGUGAUUUUGAAACAGAUAUAACACUAAUUUGUCAAUUACGAACAAUAAAUAGUGAACUUGAAAAUACGAAUUUUAGUGUUAUACAACCGCAAAACACGGUACGUUUACGUUUAGAAUGUAACGAUACGCUGUUUUUUCAAAGUAGUUUGAAUCCGGGAAGCUUCAAAAAUUUAGUUGAAUUACGUGCGUUAACAAUCGAAUAUUGUAAAUUGGGUAAUUUGGUUGAAGGUUCAUUCCGUGGAUUAUCUGACUUAAGAAAUUUAACUGUAAAAACUCAUAAUUCUGAUUGGUCAUCAAUGAACAUGGAAAUGUCAGCAAAUGUAUUUAAUGAUUUCCGUCAGUUACAAGUAUUGGAUUUGAGCGAAAAUAAUAUUUGGACAAUACCAGACGGUGUAUUUUGUCCAUUAAAAAUUCUUAAUAAUUUGAAUAUAUCAAAUAAUUUAAUUCAAGAUAUCACAAAUUUUCGUUUCAGUUCGAGAAAUGUUAAUACAAUGCGAAAAUCAAAAAUAUGCGGUGAAUCAAUGUUAGAAAUUGAUUUAUCUUAUAAUAAAAUUGCUAGUUUACAAACUUCUAUUUUGUCAGCUUUGAGCCGCUUAAGACGGCUUAAUUUAAAACACAAUGAAUUAAAUUUUAUUGCUGAUCGAGCUUUUGAAGGUCUUAUGUCACUCAGUUUUGUUGAUUUAAGUCAAAACAAAUUACAAAAUUUGCCACCAGAUUUAUUUUCUGAAACAAGAUAUAUCCGGGAAAUAUAUUUGCAAAAUAAUAGUAUGAACGUUAUUGCACCCGGCCUAUUUGUUGAUUUGGCAGAACUUUUAGUUUUGGAUCUAUCAAAUAAUGAGUUAACUUCACAAUGGGUUAAUUCACAUACAUUUCUUGGAUUAAAACGUUUAAUGCUCUUAAAUUUAUCGAAUAAUCGAUUAAAUAAAUUGGAACCAUUUAUAUUUAGAAGCUUAAGAAGUUUACAAGUAUUACGAUUACAAGAUAAUUUCAUAGAUCAUAUACCAGAAGAAACUUUUUCAGAAUUAUCAAAUCUUCAUACUUUAACUUUAUCAAAUAAUCGUAUCACACAUAUUAGUGAUUUUACCUUCAGUGGAUUAUAUGGGAUAUUAGUGUUAUCAUUGGAUUACAAUAAAAUAUCAACUAUAAGUUUAUUAGCAUUUAAAAACUGCUCUAGUUUACAAGAUCUUCAUAUAAAUGGUAAUAAACUGGCAAGUAUACCGACUGCUUUACAAUUUGUACCAUGGUUAAAAACGCUUGAUAUCGGUGAAAACACUAUUUCAACUAUUGAAAAUACAAGUCUUUUAUAUAUGGAAAAAUUAUAUGGAUUACGAUUAACUGAAAAUCAAAUAACACGUAUUAAGAAAGGUUAUUUCGAUAAAAUGCAAUCAUUACAAAUUUUAAAUUUAUCAGAAAACAAAAUAAAAUUCAUUGAACCGGGUUCAUUUGAUAAAAAUAAACAAUUACAAGCGAUACGCUUAGAUGGUAAUUUUAUAGAGUCAAUAAACGGAUUAUUUUUGGAAUUACCUAAUUUAGUUUGGUUGAAUAUAUCUGAUAAUAAUUUAGAAAAAUUUGAAUACUCAACCAUACCAACAAAUUUACAAUGGCUUGAUGUACAUGCAAAUAAAAUAUCCCAAUUAGGAAAUUACUUUGAAAUUGAAUCGGAGCUUUCUUUAAGUACAUUUGAUGCUAGCUCAAAUAGUUUAACCGAAAUAACAACAACAUCAAUACCAAAUAGUGUCUCAUUAUUAUAUUUAAAUGAUAAUUUAAUAUCAAAAAUACAACCGUAUACAUUCUUUAAGAAAACCAAUUUAACACGAGUAGAUUUAUUUGGUAAUAAAUUAACAACAUUGGAACCGAAUGCAUUACGUUUAUCUCCAAUACAAGAUGAUAAAAAAAUUCCUGAAUUUUAUAUUGGUGGUAAUCCAUUUAAAUGUGAUUGCAAUUUAGAUUGGUUACAAAAGACAUCAAAUAUUGGUGAUACUAGUAGAACUCAACCAAAAUUAAUGGAUUUACAGAAUAUACAAUGUAAAUUAUCAUAUAAACGUGAUCGUAUGCAUGUACCAUUGAUUGAAACAAAAUCAAAUGAAUUUUUAUGCAAAUAUGAAUCACAUUGUUUUGCCUUAUGCCAAUGCUGUGAAUUUAGUACAUGUGAUUGUAAAAUGGAAUGUCCAAGUAAAUGUAAAUGUUUUCAUGAUCAAACAUGGACAACAAAUGUUGUAGAUUGUUCAAAAUCUGGUUAUACGAAUCAAUUACCAAAUCAUAUACCAAUGGAUUCAACACAAUUAUAUUUGGAUGGUAAUAAGUUUCCUGAAUUAACUAGUCAUAUAUUUUUGGGACGUAAACGUUUAAAACUUUUAUAUUUAAAUAAUUCGCAUAUUGAAACAAUAUUAAAUCGUACAUUUUACGGUCUAUUAGAAUUGGAAAUAUUACAAUUAAAUGAAAAUAAAUUACAAAAAUUAAAUGGUAAUGAAUUUCAUGGUCUGGAAAAUUUAAAAGAAUUAUAUUUACAAAAUAAUAAAAUUUCAUAUAUAAAUAAUUAUGCAUUCACAAAUUUACAUAAUUUGAAAGUAUUACGUUUAGAUAAUAAUGAAAUGAAUCAAUUUACAUUAUGGGAAUUUCUACCACCAUAUAUUAAUGAUUUACAUUUAGCUGGUAAUCCAUUACAAUGUGAUUGUAAAUUUAUUUCAAUAUUCCGAGAAUAUAGUAAAAUAAAAAAUAAUAUUAAAGAUAUUAAAGAAAUCUAUUGUACAAUAACAUUAACUCCAGAAGAUCCAAAACAAUUACAAACAAUUGUUAAUAAAAUUGAACCGAUAGAUGCAUUAUUGUAUCCACCAAAAACGAUAAAUGCAACUGGGAAUAAUAGUCAUAGAACAUUAAUAUGCAAGCAUGAAUUGAAUGUUAACAUAGAUGGUAACGAUCAUGAUAAUAAUAUAAUUGGUAAUAACAAUGUUGUCUACGAUGGUAACGAUGAAAAUAUGUUUUAUGGUAAUGAGAAUUUUUAUAAUAAUACCAUAAGAAAAAAAUUAAUUUUAACUCCGUAUACAGGAGGAGUUCAAGGAUAUAUACCUUUUAUGAUAGCAGGUAGUUUCCUAUUAAUUAUUAUUGGAAUAUUAUUCAUAUUUAUAUUUCGACAAGAAAUGCGUGUUUGGUUUCAUUCACGUUUCGGUAUUCGUUUAUUUUAUAAUGCAAGUUUGGAUGUUGACAAAAAUGAAAAAGAAAAAAUUUUCGAUGCAUUCGUUUCAUAUAGUAAUAAAGAUGAACAUUUUGUUUUAGAGGAAUUGGCACCAAUUUUAGAAGAAACCGGUGAUUUACGUUAUAAAUUAUGUUUACAUUAUAGAGAUUUUCCUAUAAAUGGUGUUUAUUCAUUACCUGAUACUUUAACACAUGCAAUUGAUAAUUCAAGGCGUACAAUAAUGAUAUUAUCGGAAAAUUUUAUAAAAACCGAAUGGUCACGUUAUGAAUUUAAAACAGCACAUCAUCAAGUAUUAAGAGAUCGUAAACGUCGUUUAAUUGUAAUAUUAAUUGGUGAAUUACCACCAUUAAAAGAUUUAGAUCCCGAUUUAAGAUUAUAUUUAAAAACUAAUACAUAUUUGCAAUGGGGUGAUAAAUUAUUUUGGGAGAAAUUACGUUUUGCAUUACCCGAUGUACAAAGUAAUCAUGAACGUAUACCAAUUAAUUGUAAUCCAAAUGUAAAUAAUAGUUUAAAUAUGUUUCCAAUGAUACAACAUCAUUCACAUAUAAAUCAACAUCAUAACAAUAUACAUCACCAUCAUAAUGUACAUCAACAUCAUAAUCAUUUACAUAUGCAACAUUCGCAACAACAUGUUACUAGUCCAGUUCAAUGUAACAAUACAACAACACAAUUAAAUAGUAAUUUAGGAGGAGGUGGAGGACAAAUUAUACCACCAGCAGUACCACCGAUAACAAAUAGACCACCACUUAUAUCAAAUUUAAUUAAUGUUCCUUCUGCAUCAGUACGUCGUAGUAUUAAUCGUAAUAUAAAUAAUCCAACAAAUCAACAACAACAGCAGCAUCAGCAGCAACAACAACAGCAUUCAUCACAACAGCAUCAGCAACAGUCACAACAACAACAACAACAACAACAACAGCAGCCACAACAAGAGCCUCUUUUAGUAGGCGGAAAUAGGGGGACAACAAAUAAUACAACAAGAUCAUCACCCAGGACAGUUGCCAUUCAUAUAUAAAAACAAAAUUAUAAAGACAGGAAUACCAGAAAGAAAGAACGGGGGACAUUUCUGUUAUUUUCUUUUGUGAAAACGAAGGGAAAAUUAUUUUUAGGAAAAUUUAUUUUUAAAAUUUUCUUAUAUCCAUAAAAUUUUUUUUCCUUUGGUAUGUAAAUAGAAUUAAAUUAAAAUUUAAGAAAAGAAACGAAAAAUAUUUAUUGUAGAAAUUUUUACAAUUUUUCAUACGUUAUAAUCUUAUUUAAAAAGAAAUAAUAACAAUGGAGGAAUUUAUGUAAAUUUCAAUAAGAAAAGAAAUAAAACAAAAGACUUUUUAGGCGCUAGCUUCCUAUUGUAUAAGUUUAAGAUGAAAAUGAAUAUUGAAUUUUUCAAUUUUCUUUUUUCAAAAACAAAAAGAAAAAAGUGAUUUUUUUCUUUGU